CCCACUCAGUAAAUUUUCUGUCUGCUUCUGAGGCCUGCUAGCUCUUGAAAUACAAUGAAUAUACAUCAAUGGUAGCUAAGUAUAAAGAAAAGUAUCAGAAGGUUGGUCUUCAACAGGGAUUCAGAGGAUUGUCCUUGUCUCAAAUGGGCGCGAGCCCUGAGACUCGUCCCAUAUUAGCGAGUACCGAAUAUCCGUGUGUCUGUCUGUCUGUUUGUUUGUCCCAGUCAGUUUAGCAUGACGGUCGCUGCAUUUUCUAACGAUCAUUUAUACCGGCAAGCAAUUGGCAAGACAUUAAUAUUUCUACUGGAUGAAACUGAUACAGCUCAACAACUAAGGCAAUAAGCAAUGGCGUUUCCUAUGCCAUAUCAAACACACUAUAUGCUGGCAAGGCUAAGAGAAGUUUGACAACAAGUAUAGGAGCUAAUAUAAUGAGACAGAAGCUUUGUCUGUCGUCAAAAGGUUAAAGAGAUCUUUAGGAAACAGCAAGUCGAGCAAGUCGAACAAGUGAUUACUACUCCUAUAUACAACUUCUUUUUGCUAAUGUUCGCCCCACACAAUGCUUCCAGCAUCCCCUAGUUAUUAACUCGAGGCGCGCUGCGGCGCCACUGGUUACAGUAGUUGGUCUGUCUGUCUGUCGGUCUGUUUGUGUAUUCUGAGUCUACUCACUCGGAUAUGAUAUAUAGCACUGUGUUUGUACCAUGGAUAGCCUCAACACAACAAGUAGUAGUUUUAAUGUAUACUUACCCUCACAUAUCACAUAUGCAGUCAAUCUAUAUAGAGCUAGAGCUAGAGAAGGACAAUCUUCAAGUGCUGCCAAAUGUGUGUCCCAGUAGACUAAUAAUGGGCGUUGACAUUAAUAAUUUGGUAACAUGGUCCAGGGCCAAACAACACUGAAACAAGUUCAUGUUGCAAGUCUCUCUGCUCUGCUCGCACCUCUAAGCCUUGUCUUCUAGCCCCCACCAACUGGAUACACUGGUAGCCAUAAACUGGAGCCAUUGCCGGCUGCUCUUAAGCCUCCUGACUGCUCUACUACACUUGAGAAAUACCCACUGUGGAUAUGAGGCCAUUAGAACAGAUGCCACAAACAUCGCCUACAGUGAUGCUAAUGGCGUAGUGUUCCCUGAUUUCAGCGUCACUGCCAGCCCCUCUUCUCCCUGUACACUCACUUCAGAUGUUAGCUACUUUAUCAGUGAGCUCAACUUCGAGGCUAGCGCUGGAAAUAUCCUCAUUGGAGCAGCGAACAAGCUCUACUUGUUGAGCAAUAAUCUCGUCUGUCUGGAUGAGUUGGUAUGGGAUGCUGCACCAGAGAACACACUUCAAUGCUCCAUGGUCAACAGCGCUGACCAGACACGCACAUGUCAGAACCACAUUAGAUUGUACAAGGCAAUUCCCAUGGAAACGAACCUUGUACUCGUGUGUGGGACGGAGGCUAGUAUCUCACCACCGCAGUGCAGGACUAUUGACGUAUCCAGCAACACGCUCACAGCUGUACAGGGUCCGGUGGACGCUGCCAACGCCAUUGUUAGUUACUCUCCUGAGUUUGAAGGAUUUGGAGAGUUCAUUCGAAAUGAUACCACGGCGUAUUUUGGUGUUGGUUUCUACCAAGGUGAUCGUGGAGUGGGGCGUGACUAUCAGAUGGCCUUCUAUAAUGUCCAAUCUCCCAGUAACGGACCUUUGAGCGUGGUCACUAACAUCAUCACCAGAGUACACGAGUCAUGGCUCAAAUCACCUGUGACGUUUGUGGACUACUAUCGUGCUGACUACCUACCCCCCACAGUGGAGGUACUCAGUGUGUCCGGUGGGACCCCCCGCCCUGAAGACUACCACUUCUACUUUGUGUUCAUUAGAGAGAACACGGCCAGUGGCACUGAGGUUAUACACAGUCAAGUUGUGAGAAUCUGCCGUAAUGACCCUGGAGUGAAUGGUUUCUUCUCCACCUACAUGAAAGCACGCAUCUACUGUAUGAUGUUCAUCGGUGCCAACGACUACAUCUACAACAAUAUUGACAGUGUGGCAUUUAACGAGGGUGGUCGCCAUGGCGAGGGCGAGACCUGGCAGAAGACCAUGUACGGAGCAUUCUCUGGACCACUUAUUGGACCCGAGGGCUCAGCCGUGUGCGUGUACCCAGCAGAGAACAGCAGAGAGACCGACGCCAUGGCUAGCUUCAAUCAAGGCAUAUUCGAUAUCUUCCGGGAAGAUCUGCUCACCACUGACGGAGUAGAGAAGCAAAAUGUCUAUGUUGAGUGUGACCCUGCUGGACGCAUAGAGGCUGCGUCACUGUACGUGGACAUUAUUCACAACAUUGAGCAGAUGGGAAACAACCCGCUACUCUUUCUGGAGGGAAUUACUGUGACGAAGAUGGUUGUGGACAGUGUGUGUGUUGUGAGGAGCAGUGAUUCCACUCAGUGCGUUAAUCAAGACGUCCUAAUCCUGGGCACAGAUGACAUGAAAGUGAUGAAGGUUGUGUUUGCGACUGUAACGGCUGGUCAGACGACCCCAGUGUACUCUGAGAUCAUCAGUUUGGGAAGUGGAAACAGCUCUGAAGAUAUCCAAGCGUUACGUAUUGAGGAAGUGGGCUCAGAGAAGAAGAUAUUCGUUAGUACCCAAUCGGAAGUAUACCAACUACCAAUUGAGAGGUGCUCCAGAUUCACAAGCUGCAGCACUUGUGUGGGUGCACGUGACCCGCACUGCGUGUGGCACGCUGGCAACAAUGCGUGUGAGAGGAACCCACUGUCUGCCGUGGGAUCAGCCACCGGCACAGUCCCACCAGGUAUUUGGCAAGAUAUUCACGAUGGCAUUGCUCCUGACUGUACAAGUACCACCAGGUUCUGUGAGACAGGAGGAAUCUGGGGUGGGUCAGCUCCAACUUGUGUAGUGAACACAGGACCCACUGAUCCCCCAACCACAAAUUCUCCACCCACCACCUGCCCUGACUUGCUCCCAGUACUGAAUAACGGGAUUAUCAUGUACAGUGCUGGAUCCCCUGACAGCAGACCUUUCGGCUCUACUGCUAUGCACUCCUGCAACACUGGCUACACUCUCAAUGGAGGUACUGCUACCAGGACCUGUGUGACUGAAAGGAGAUGGAGUGGGUCAGCUCCAACUUGUCAGCCACUCAGAUGCCUAGUGGGAACCUAUCAAGAAGAGUUGUCCACUGGAGAGAGUGCUUGUGUGCCUUGUCCUGGAAACAGUGUCAGCAUUGUUGAAGAUAGUGUGGAGUGUACCUGUUUUCGUGGCUACUACAGGACAGCAUUGGAGGGACCAAAUAUUCCAUGUUCAAUUCCUCCGAACAACUGUAAGAGUUUGCAAGUAGUUGCUGGGAGGACUCGAGGUAACACAAUCACUGUGCGUUGGGAGAGGCCAGAGAUUACUGGGAGAGACGACUUGUACUACAACAUAUUCUACUCUGAGGACAACCAGACCUUCACUCAACACAACAGUAGGCCGUAUGUCAAACAAGACUCCCUGGUGGACUAUUCAGUGUCUGGUCUGCAGCCACUCACCAGCUACACCAUCCGAGUGAUCCCUGAGAAUGGAGUGAGCAAUCAGGAGGAGGGAGGGCAGAGCAGGAGCUGUGAGGUCUUUGCCAUGACUGGAGAUAUAAGGUCUAAUGCCCCCUCCCUGGUGAUCGGUUUCUGCACUGUUGUGGUUUGGACCACGCCCAUAAGAUCGUAUGGGAGGAUCACUGGCUAUGACGUCAGGUUCAUUCCUCAAGGGUCUGGUUCAGAUCUGAUGGUGUCUAAAGGAAGAAGAGAACUUUUCCACGCAGUUGGAGAUACUGGGUUAGUCACCACUGACAACGUCAUGGUACAGGUGAGAGCAAAAACGUCAGCUGCAGAGGGGAGGUGGAGUGAGCUGGUGCCACUGGGUUGCAGGAAUGCUGAUGGUUUCACUGGCCCUCUAUGAAUGAAUCAGACUUCCGAUUAAUAACAAUCUAAGUCCCACUGGAAAUGGUUUAAUCUUUUCAUCUUCAAUGCAGUGAAGAAAAUGGUUUCUCAUAGAAGGUUGUAUGAAUGUGACGCCACUUGGGUCCUUCCCAAAUACCAGGUGUGUGGCAUAGGCUAUUGAAAACAACCCAC